AUGAAGUAUUCGGAUUUUUGUUCGAGAUGUUGGAUUCCACCGGCUAGAGGUACGUCGCAGAGAAGAGUAAUUGUGCGAGGGGCAUCAGGAGGAUGUGGAUCAAUGGCUGUUCAAAUGGCAAAACAUAUAUACGAUUGUCACGUCACAGCCAUAUGUUCCAGCAAAAACGUAGACUAUGUCAAAAGUUUAGGAGCCGAUGAAGUAAUAGAUUACACUUCCCAACCAGUCCUACAAACAUUGCUCGACAUCAAAUCUGCAUCAACUGAUUUCGAUCUUUUGGUAGAUUGCGUGGGUGGGACAGAGCUUAUUCCUUACUACCAUGAACUUCUCCAUACCAAGGGAGCAUACGUUACAAUAGUAGGCGAUAAGACCGACUUACAUGUCAUGGGAGGUCCCAUGGCAUUCUUGUCUCAUCCCAAAAUGAUAUGGAGAUUUAUAGCAGGUUGGAUUUGGGGUCCCCGCUAUGCAGUUAGUGCUAUGAAUAGAGAUCCCAAAUGUUUAGAGCAGAUUGUGAAAUUAGCAGAAAGGGGGGAAGCAAAGGUUGAGAUUCAGGAAGUUAUCAAAGAUGCAUUGAAUGAGGAGAAACAGGAAUGGCUUAGAGCUAUUGAGACUAUUGAGAGUGGGAGGGUAAAGGGGAAAAUUGUUCUUGAGAUCUUGUAA